AUGAGUAAAGGAAGAAAUAUCACGCCAGAACAACGGCGACUAGUACAACAGCUUCGGAAGGAUGGAAUGUCCUACCGAAAGAUUUCCGCUAAAUUAGAAAUAUCCGUUACGGCUUGUCAUCAAGCUAUACAACAUAUUAAGCAUCAUGGAACACCAGACAAUGUUCCUCGUAAAGCAAGACCUCGAAAAACUGAUCAAAGAACUGAUCGCAAGAUUCACCGAUUAUCUGAAGCGGACAGAUUCAAAACUGCAGUUGUCAUCCACGGUGAAAUAUCAACAGAUCUUCAUGAAGAAAUAAGUAUUAAAACUGUUCAGCGAAGACUUGACGAGUUUCAAUUAUACGGACGCGUUGCCAGAAAGAAACCGUUCAUUUCAGAAAAAUCGUCGGGCUAG